AUGGGCCUCUCACACGGAUCAUGGAUAAAUCACCGUCGGAUCCUCCUGGAUCCAACGACCCUCGUCUCACGGUCUCACCCACCCACCACGAGCUACCCCUCAAAAAAAACCCCACCGCACACCACUCCUCUUUCUCCCCGCGCAGCAAACCCUAGCGCUCUCACCCUCUUCCUCCCUCUGGAUCCACCGCCGCCGCACACAACUCCUCCUUCUGGAUCCACCGCCGCCGCCCCCAACCCCACUCCCUCCCUCUGGAUCUCGACGCGCCGCCGCCCCCUCACACUCUCACCGCCGUGGGCUGGAGGUGCCGCACUGGAUCCGGACCAGGGCACCACCACUAGCUGGCGUCGUGGGCGGGGUGCGGCGCCUGACCAAGUGUGCCCCCUGCUCCCCGUGCCCGACCGCUCGCUCCGCCUCAACCUCGUCGUCUCCAAGGACCUGCGCAGCCGCCUCCAGGAUCACGUCUUCGCGCUCAAGGAGGACUCCACGCUGCCGCCUGUCGCAUCGACCUCAUCAGGCGGCCGCCCUGCUCGCGUUGUUCCAGCAGUGGGGUCUCCGGGGCGGCCCGACGGUGAACCCGAGGCACCUGUGCGGGGCGCGGGACUGGAUCGAGUCCUUCAUGCAGAAUGCGUCCGUCGGCUGCAGUUGCGACCGCUGGCCCGUGUGCCGCAUCACGCACCUGAACAUCACUGGAUUCUGGAAUCUGACCGAGAUCCCGCCGGAGCUCUUCAACUCGAUGGAGCUGGUCUCUCUGUACAAGGGGAAUUCGCUGGCCCAGAUGAGGAGCCAAAGCAACACCAAGUCACACACGCCGCUUCUAAGGGGAGAUAUGCAAGGUUUAAAGAGAAUUUGAAUGCCAAGCCACUGGAGACGAAGCAAAACCACCAUCAAGUUGAUGUCUCAUGCGCCACUUCAAAAGGGAGGCAUUGGUGUCCCUCCACUCCUCACAGCGCCCCCUCUCUUCCUCCCUCCCGCCAUUUCGAAUCAAGGUGCCUACAGCAUGGAGACAAACAUAGGUCUGAAUCGUCAGGCAUCUUGCAUACCAUAUUCUCAUGGGUGGGUGCAGCAAGGGGCUGGGCAAGCGCGGUGCACAGUGGAUGGAGGUCAUCUCGUGGGAGCCCAGGGCAUUUGUCUACCACAACUUCCUGGUAAUCACUGCUGCUGCUGCCCACUCCGCCUUCCCUUUAACACCCAUAAUCACUGCUGCUGCCGCCAUGGUUCAUUCGGUCCUGCACCUGCUCACGCAUGCACACUGUCUUGUGUUUGUGGGAAGCUGGUUUUGUUAGGUAGUCCAUCGAUGAUGUAUGGGUUUCUGUUUGUAAUCUGCGCUGAUGCCCACUCUGAAAGUUUGGUGACAAAAUAAUGCAUCUUGAAUCCUGGGAAGACUACUAAUAAUCUGUCAUUGGAAGAUAUGCUACAGCAAUGCAGCAAUUUGAAUUGAUAUUCACAUUGAAUUAAUGACUUGUCUUGUUGUAUGCAAUUGAAACAUACCCAUAUAAAAGAAGUCUGUUCCAUGCAACAUUUUUACUGUUUUACUCAACUUGUUUUUGUAGUUACUUGAUACAUAUUACCUCCGUCCCAUAAUAAACCAUCAAAUGUACUCCUGAGAGGGAUAAACAUCUUUUUUAGAACAUGGGUUGAAGCAGACUGUACUUGCCUACUGAGAAUAUGAAAACAAGAUAUUCUGUUUGCUAUUAUGAAGAUAGCAUUGUGUUUAAUCUAGUACUGAUGAUUGUUUUCAUUCUCAUAUAAAUUUGUUAAUGAUGGUGAUUUUGUACUAGCAUAUAAACUUGUUUUUGUUGUCACUUGAUACAUACUUAGCUUGCACUUGAAGUUGUGGGCUAAUGCUUGUAAUUUUGUUCUACUUGUAUGCAUUGGUACCCCUAUCAUCGAGCGCGCACGGAUGCAAUAGUGGCAAGAAGAUCAUGGUCGUGUGCAUCAUCAAGCACACCAUGGCGAGCAUCGACCUCCUCACAGUGGCAAGAAGAGCAUGUGCCUAGUUUGUAAUCGCUGUCGAAGGAGCUCCAUGCUGAAGAACAUAACACUUGUAGAGCUUGUAAAGUACCAUGUUAUUGAACUUGUGGAGCAUGUAACUGUGACUUCCACUAUUGUAUGUUAGAGUUAUUUGUACAUCAGCAACUCUGUAUUGAUUGGUAAUAUUCGUACAGCAGCAACACUGGCUGGUAAUAUUUGAAGUAUUUUGUGUGU